ACACAGUCAGUGAUGCGAUUUUUAGCAAUUUUGUUGGUUUCCGUAACCUUUGUCCUGGCACACCCCAGUUCAAUCGAGAAGGAACAGCGCAUUAAUAAUGGUGAAACAGCGGAACCCGGACAGUUUCCGUAUGCAGUCGGACUGAUCCUGCCGUCUGGAAUUUGCGGUGGAUCUAUGAUUUCUCAAAACUACGUACUAACGGCUGCCCAGUGCAUCCACGGUAUAGAAAGAGCCACCGUUGUGUUAGGCAGUACUCAAAUUUUCGACCAAACUGACGAGAAUCAGGUGCGACUGGAAGCUACGGAGUUCCUUAUCCAUCCAGGAUACGAGAUAGCUGUUUGUACCACAAUGCAGUGGGACUGUAAUGCGGGUACUUUCAAUAUGGGACAAAGUAACGCGAGUGAACCCGAGUCGGGUCAGCUGGGUCACGAACGAAUCGAGCAGUUUACUCAGACGAGCUACUCGUCUAAAAUCCAGCAGACUUACCAUCUGCAAUACUAA